CAAAACCAAAUUCAUAAAAUGUAGAAACCCCCUUCGUCACCAUCCAUCCACAACAAUGUCCGACGACUGAUAAUAAACCCUAGAAAGUAACAACCAUUCACCAAAACCCACAACAAUGUUCCCCAAACGCCCCCGGUUCUCCCAACCAUCACCAAACCACAAAACCGAACUAUGCUCACAGUUUCAACGAGGCUCAUGCGGUUACGGCGACCGUUGUUGCUUCGCUCAUGACAUUCAAGAGCUCAAAGGCUUCCAGAAACCGCAACAAGUGAUUGCGGUUGAUGAGGAUAAAAAGGUGGUAUCAAAUUCAAACCCUAGAUUGUGCUGGAGGUUUAUGAACGGUGAGAAAUGUCAGUAUGGGGAUAAAUGUCAUUUUAUUCAUGUGAGAGAUGAAGGAACGAAUGUGUUGCUGUGGAGGACGAAGCUGUGUAAGAGGUGGAUGGAGAAUGGUAGGUGUAAGUAUGGCCGGAAUUGUUGCUUUGCUCAUGGGGAAUCAGAACUGCAGAAUCAAGGACUCAAUGAUUAUGUAGAGGCUGGGCUGUUCAAAAUGGCUGAUAAGAACAUGGAGGGGAACGGGAAACGCUUAAAAGUUAAGUGGAAAAGUAAUGAGAAGAUUAGCCGAGUUUAUGCUGACUGGAUCAAUGACAUGCCGCUUGUGUCUCAUACGAUUUAGUUCUACUGAGAAAGAAUCAUGAAUGGUAUUAAGAUUUCUAGUAUAUGAAAUACUAAUGCACUAAUAUCUCUAUUUUGUUCUAUAACCUCUAAUGGCAGAUUUAGCAAGUUUGACCGUUGACUUAGCGGGUCAACACAAUUUUUCAACAAA